AUGUUCUACCUACCUAUACGUCUAGUCACAUCUCUGCAAUCGUCUCUUUCAACCUGCAGCGGAUCCACCCAACAGCUAGAUUGGCUAGACAAGCGAUUGAUAAGAUUAUACAAUCAAUACCCAAUGCAAUCCCUUAGGCACAAAGGUACUGUUGCUGCCACAUUGUUGGAGAAAACGCUUGCUUCGCAUACCAUGAGCGAAACAAAAUUUGGAGAUUCCCACUUCCACCCGGAUUCAAGAACCACAAGAACUAUAGCAGGGUCUCCACUGAACAAGAACUGCAAGCCUGAUAGUUACAACUUAGACAGAAUUUAUCGUAUUCCAUGUCAUAUGCACCGUCUGCACAAGUACACUUCCAUUUUAGUUAAGAUUCCAUUUGAAGCUCUAUACUUUAUGGUAUUCUUCUUCCUAUUCCAGCUUAAUUUUUUUCAUUGCGGUUUAGAGGAGAAACAAAAAGAUAUAAGAAACGAAGCCAAAGGUGGGAGAAGAAAUACAGAGAGAGAAAAUCUUGCAAAUAUCGUUUGA